UCCAGACAUCUCGACUUUGGAUUUUCUUCCUCUUCUACACUCUCUGAAGACCAGAAGGAAUUCAAAGAAAGAGUCUAGCAACUUAUCACUUCUUUAGCGAAGAAUAUUUUGAAGCACUGCAACAUUUACAUUAUUCAAGUUGAUUCGUCUGCAACGGCUCCUUCCCUAUUCCAUCCACAACUUCUACAUUUUUUUUCUUUCGUUCAUCUUUGGCGUGUGACUACCUUCCGUGGUAGAGCUAGCCUAAAGUGAAAGUGGAAAGGGGAUUUUUGUCAUUUUGGAUAUUCAUCUCUCUCCAUUUGGUUCUCUCCUCAAGGAUGAAUAAGUUAGGUUUAACUGAAUCUCCAUUCCCUACGCUCUCUUCUGAUGAGAUGCUGGAAUUGGAAAACAUCUACAAAGAUAUGGGAGAAAAACCACUAGAUCGGAUGCUCUGCCAGGAGAUUGCUAAAAAUUUUAGUUCCUCUUCAAACGGUGCUAGUAAAACUUCCUUAUCAUGGCAACAGGUGCAACAGUGGUUCAGAAAUAGACAGAGAGUGACACAGGUUAAAGAUAGCUCAUCUCCCUGCCUGCUAUCUCCUGAUCAUUCACAUUCAUUUCUUUUAGGAAGUGGAGAUGGAAACUCUUCAAGUUCAAAAGAUCUCUCAGAGUUGGCAUUUGAAGCAAGAUCUACUAAAGAUGUUGCAUGGCAUGAUGUUGCAAUGUUCCUUAACUAUAGAGUUCUGAGCACAGGCGAACUCGAGGCCCGUGUAAGAUAUGCUGGAUUUGGCAAAGAGCAGGAUGAGUGGAUGAAUGUGAGAGAGGGGGUGCGGGAGAGAUCUGUUCCGUUAGAACCUUCAGAGUGUCACAAGGUGAAGGAUGGGCAUCUUGUACUAUGUUUUCUGGAAAGAGAAGAUUAUGCCCUCUAUUGUGAUGCUCGAGUUGUAAAAGUCCAGAGGAAGAUACAUGAUCCAGAAGACUGUACGUGCACAUUCAUUGUCCGAUUUGUCCAUGACAACACUGAGGAAGGAGUUUCUUGGAAGAGGUUAUGCUGUAGGCCUACACAAGAGGAACCUGCGGUCUACACAAAUCCUGCCCUUAAUUUCACCCUAAAUCCCACCUUAAAUCCCAUAGAAUCCUUGUGGGGAUAAAAAGAGCCAACUUUGUUCGUAUUUCCGUUACUUUUGGUUAAUGUUUAUUACAAUGUAAGAUGGUAAGAUUUUGAUCUGAAAAACAGCCAGGGAAUUUGGAAUGUCUUCUUUUAUUGGUCUAUUUUAUUUAUAAUGUUAUAAAUAUUAAUUAAAAUA